UAUAAGCUCGGGUUUCACAGACUGGCUGUAUCAGUUGUUUCAUUCAACCGAAUUCAACAUGAAGCUGUUCAUCAUCGCCGCUCUCUUGGCCGUUGCUGCCGCUGCCCCUUCCAGCUACAAGGCUCCCAGCUACCCGACCCCGAGCUACUCUGCACCGAAGUACCCUGCUCCAGCCUACUCCGCACCAGCUUACUCCGCACCCGCCUACCCCGCACCUGCCUACUCUGCACCAGCCUACAAGGACAACAAGUACGCCGACAUCACCGUCACCAGCCAAUCCGACGAGCGCAACAUCGAUGGCAGUGGUGCAUGGAGCUACGCCCAGUCUGACUACACCACCCGUGAUGAGUCCUACGCCCAGAAGAAAUUCCAAGGAGUUACCUACGACUCUUAUGGCAAAGAAUCGUACGGUGAUGUCUACGGUAACACCAACAAAGGAUCCUCUUACUGGAUCUCUCCAGAGGGCCAGCGAUUCACUUUGACCUGGGUUGCUGAUGAGGCCGGUUUCCAGCCCAAGGGUGACCACUUGCCCGUUGCCCCCGUCCACGUCUACGAGCUCCCAGUCGCUCCCGUCCACGAAUACGUUCUCCCCGUUGCCCCCGCUCUCCCCCCAUUCAACGGCAAAGGCUACAAGAUCUACUAAGUUAUUGAAAACCCGAUCGAAAGAAUAAUUUAAAUCCAUGUGUUUUAUGCCUUAAUACUUUUUGUGUUGCUGGUGUGAAACACGAGGAAAUAUAACGCGAAGACUAUC